AUGUUUACCAACCAAAAGACUUACCAGAGUGCCCAGGGCCAGCUCGUUGCAAAGGACAAGGAGACCAGUGCGGAGGAGGAUACGCAUACCGCAGAUCCCAAGAUUGAAGUAUGUGUUCCCGGCCGUGUCGCCUCUCUUAGUGACCAGUCCGAUGAAGAAUACUAUAGGGCGGCGCAAACUGGUACAAAGACUUGCUUCGCAGACAUAUAUCAGCCCUGGAAGCAAACCAAAGCCCCGCAGAUGUGGCCUCUGAAACCUACCUAA